UUGUGCGUCGAUAAUAAAGUAAAUGACUGGUUUUUGAAGGGUCUGCUGGAAUGUCUUCAAAGUGUGAAUCUUACAACUGAAGCUGCCAUCAGCGUGGAGGUGGACUGAGGAUGAGUUGGAUUCAAGGUGCUUCACAGUCUUUUUACAGCACUGUGACCUCUUGGGCAGCUCAUACUAAGUACCAUGGCUUGUUAAACCAAGGGGCAACAUGUUACCUGAACAGUGUGCUGCAGGUGCUUUUCAUGACCGAAGACUUCAGAGAGGCUGUGAAAAGGUACACCGAUGAAAAUCCUGACACUCAGCUUAUAGAUCAUCAUCUUAAUGCCUUGUUCAGUGAUUUACGGACGUCUACAGCAUACACAUAUAAUAUAACGAGGACACUGGGCAUCGACAAAGUGUAUGAACAGCGGGAUGCUGCUGAGUACUUUGAGAGGAUUUUACGGAUGACCAGUGAAGACGCAUCACAGAUCUUCCACGGACUGUUGUCACAGAAGACCACCUGUCGUAAAUGUCAUGCAGACAUUGACAGAGAUGAGGCCUUUUGGCAUCUUCCUCUUGCGUUGGUGGAUUCCUGCAGUGACUGCUAUAGUGUGGUGGACGGCGUUAAGGAGUUUUUCAAGGUUUCUGUUUUCUGCGGAGAAGACCAGAUGUACUGUGACCCAUGUGAUGCCAAAGUUGAUGCUGAUACUCAAUAUGUAAUGAAGCAUCAUCCAGAGGUCUUGAUUUUGCUGCUGAAGAGGUUUGACUUCAGCUACCGUCACAUGUCAUAUGUCAAAAUCAACUGUGAUGUCGACGUUCCCUCCGUCAUACAGAUACCAGAGAGACAGACGUAUGAACUGUACGCAUUUGUGGACCAUUAUGGUGAUCUUAGAAGUGGACAUUACUCUGCAACAAUCAAGGAUGAAGGUGAAGACAGAUGGUAUAAGUUCAAUGACACCAGUGUCACAUUGUGUCAUGACCAGCCGUUCCAGUCGGAUGACACUAUGAGAUCCCACACUGCUUAUCUUUUAUUUUACAGAAAGAAGAAAGAUGCUGAUACUCAAGACAAUAUGUCCACCAAUGGAGGUGUUUCACUUGUUCUUACUGAAAAUCAUUAUCAGUGUGAAGAUGCUGAGAAGUUUAAAAAGCAAGUUGAAGGUGAAGUUGAUGUAGAAAUGGGUGAUGACAAAGCAGUGACUGCUUCUGCUGAUGAAAAUGAAACAACAGCAAAUGAAGACACAGUCAGAGAUGUGUCCAGAGGAGCAGGGCUUUCAGGGGAACCUGAUAAUGAAGUUAAUGUCUGGCAGACUGUACCAGACAAAAAUCAGCAGAAUGAGGAAAGAAAUGAUGAUUAUCAUCAAGAUGAUGAGGAGGGCAUGAGAGGAAAGGCUGAAGACCAGGAACAAAAUGCAAGAUUGCUCAGCGUUGAAACCAAACAUGAAGAAAGUGUCAAAUUUAAUGAAAGUGCAGGAGCAGACACACACAGAGAGAGGAUGCUAGCUGCUAACUUUAAACCAGAAUUCAGUGUUGGGCCUGAAAUAUGUGAUCAUUCAAACAGACUACAUGAGGCAAGCGAUGCACAGAGUAGAAUAAUGGAUGCAAAGGCACACAAGGAUGAGACAACUGAAGGCAAACAGUCAGAAAAGCACCCAAUGGAAGACUCAGACAGGGAGGCAGAAUUGCAUGAAGGUGGAUUAGACAGACAGAACAGAAAUAAGGAUCAGGACAGUAACCUGAAAACUGGGCAACAGUUUGACCCUGGACACGCACACAAAGAGGUAGAAGAGGAAAUGAAAACUGAUUUUAAGGGCAACACAGAAAGAACUGCAGCUAAUGAAUUGCCAUCAGUGAAGGGAAAGCUCUUAACAAAAUAUGAUCUCCUCACGAUGACAAAGGAUCAGCAGAGUAGAGAAGAUGAUGUUCAGAAGAAGAUGCCACAAUCUGAUCCAGUGUAUAGACCGGGAAGCAGAAGCAGGUUGGAUAGAAAACAUGAACAGCAAAGGAAGGAGGAGAGGAGGGAUGUUAAAGGAAACAGGAAGGAGAAGAAAUAUGAGAGACAAGAAGCUGUAGAGAAUCCAGACAAUGGAAAUCUUGCUGAUGCCCAACGGAACAAGGGCAAAAAUCCUUUUGUUCAUUUAAUUGAUAAAGAGAAGAAGGAAGAUGUUGAGAUCAUAAGGUAUAGUCUCAAGAAAGACAGAAAGUGUUCUUCAAGAGAUGAAAGGAUUGACGACUUUACAAAGAGCAAACCUUUUGAUAAUCAGGAAUGCAGGAGGGAAAGCAUUGACACAUUAGGAAGACAUUUUGAGGACAAAAAGGACAGUAAGAGAGAUGAGGAGCAUGACCGAAGGAGAGAAUCAACAAGAAAGUGUAGUGAGAGUGUAAAGAGUAAAGACAGCGGGGGAUUAGAUGAAAGAAUCGGACAGAAAAAGAAACAGGCUAAAGAGAAAGAAGAAAAAACUGCACAUUUUCAUACCAGGGAGCAUUCUGGACUGAUAGAGAACCAGGAAAGGGGCAGUGAACAACAGGUGAAUGUUCACAAUAAAGGAGGGUGUAAUCAGCCAGAAGGCAGUGUGGAAGUUAGAGGCCCUGCAAAGACACGCAAGAGAACGAGAAGUAGUAUUCUGAGUUGUAUCAAGAAAGGUGAGACAAAGGCAGAAGAAACCAGUAACUGUUCACAACAUGAUCAAAACACAGAUAGUUUAACAAAAAAUGUUAGCAAUUUAAAGCUAGCUGAGUUAGCUGUGCCAGAAACAAAGAAACGCAAAACUCUUGGGUGUUUUUCAUUGUUUUCAAGGAGUGUAAAAAGUCCAGAGCAGAGUGGAGAGGAGGACUAAGAGGGCAUGACAUUUUAUUUUAUAAGAACACGUCACUGAAGAGAAAACAAGAGUGUAUCAUCAGCUUUUUAAUUAACGCUUACUGACACUGAGCAAUGUUGCAGACAUUUUUAGACUGUGCAUUUGAACCAAGACCUGCUCCACAACAUUUGACCGUGUCUUAUAGUUUUGUAAAGUCAUGCACACUAUCUGUUCCUGAUUGUCAUCUUUCUGACACUGGGUGCAGCAUGAAGGACAGGUUUGUUUAUUUUCUCUCUUGGUAUGUUUUUAUGGGUUUAUCCUGUUGACGACAGGAUUUUUUCUAUGUAAAGAAUCAACAAGACAUCACUGACUUCUGGCUUCAGUCUGCAAUAGAAAGUAACGCUAAGAACAAUAAUGAAAAUGUCAGGGAGAGGAUAAAACCAAAUCACAUUAUAAAGUUUAUUUAAAUCAUCUUCACUGAGUGAAAAAUCACAUCAUUUGUGUCUUUUACUAACUUGAAGAAACUUCAAAACUCUGUUUAUAAAAACAACAUCCUCAUAUGUUUUAUUUUGUUUUAAAGUUAUUCAAAGAUGUACUUGUGUAGACGACACAAACUGUAACACGAUAUGAUUUCUGACCAGAAGCUGGGUGUUUUUAUGUAACUUUUUGUUGUAAUAGUGUUUUUAUUUUAUUGUCAAGUUAUCAGUUUGCAGUUAACUCUUGUGUUGUCAUACAUAAAGGAUUCGGAUGCAACUUUAAUUCAUGAAUAUAUGUAUUAAGUGAAAGUAAAUCAAUAUUACAAAGCUUCAGUUGCACUGUUUAUGUAAAAACUCACAGAUGGCUAUUAAAGCAUUUUCCAAGCUUCUGAGA